AUGGCACCCAAGCGAAAGGAUGGACAAUCUUCCAAGCCCUCCUCGGCCAAUGCGGCUGCUGAAAAGGCUGCCGACCCAACAGCCUCUGCUCCAAGCGGCGACGAAGAGACAGCAACUGCCCCGAAGAAAGCCAAAUUCGUCAAGGCGGACCCUGGCAUGACCGCCAAAGAAUUCGAAGAGUCGGCCAAAGAGAUCACGCUUUCGAUUGGCGAAGGUGGCGAAUUCGGGACAGUUGUGGCCGAACCCACGACGUUUUCCACUGGAAGUUGGGGCUGGAAGGGUAACUCCAAGUUGCCCAUAAAGGUCACCGUCAACGGGGAAGAGAAGGAGGUCCUGGUACAGAUCGGCAUCAACAUGACCGUCUCGGGAUCUAAGCCGGAUGCCAAGAAAGCCUCAACUUCGACUGCAAAACGCGGCCGACCCCGAAAAAACCCAGUCACCGAGGACUGA